AUGUCGUCCGACGUCAAGACCUCGCUCCUGUCCGAUCCCCCACCGGAUUACACCAAGGACAACGAGCUGGCCGGCACCGCAGCCCGUCCACCUCCCGCAGCCGGUGGUCCCGGUCCCCGCGCGCCCCUUCCUCUCAACCUCCCAAUCAUCUCCUACCUCAAAUCCAAGCGCGUGAUUCUCGCCUCCGCGUCCCCGAGACGGCGCCAGCUGCUGGCCCAGGUCGGCCUCACGAACCUCGAAAUCACACCCUCGACGAAGCCCGAGAACCUCGACAAGACGGCAUACGGCCCAUGGGAGUACGUUGCGGCGACGGCGCGGCAAAAGUGCCUUGACGUGUACGAGACGGCCCUGGAGACGCACCUGGCCUCGAUCCCCGACCCCGACGUCGUAAUCUCCGCCGACACGGUCAUCGUCACCCGCGACGGCCGCGUGCUGGAGAAGCCCCGUAGCGAGGCCGAGCACAUCAAGAUGCUGCGUCAUCUGCGCGAUACCAGGCUGCACCGCGUGCUCACAGCUGUGUGUGUGAUCGCUCCGCGGGAGGACGCCAGGUCGCCGGGAUACGAAAUCGCGACCCAUACCGAAGAAACCAAGGUUUACUUCGCACAGGAGGACGACGGCCUGCCGGACGAUGUCAUCGACGCGUACGUCAAGACGAGGGAGGGCGCGGAUAAGGCUGGCGGAUAUGGUAUUCAGGGAAUUGGAGGCAUAUUGCUCGUUGAGAAGAUCGAGGGUAACUUUGAUAACGUGGUGGGUUUGCCUGUGCGACAGACCUUGGCUUUGGCGGAGAAGGCGAUAUUCAAGCAGGACGAGGAGGAAGUUGCUGAGGAGGAUGAUUAA